AAGAGCCCCAUUUAGAGCCCUCUGCUGCCUGCAAGAUGAACUGCAAUGGCCCAUAAAACAGCUCUGACUCCAGCUCCUUUCAUCAAACUAUGUACGGCGUUUGAAAAGGCAUACUACUCAUAUUAAACCUUAAGCAAACGCAGUAUAUAGUACUUGGUAUGUAAGCAACAUGACAUGUUAGUCUCAGGGUAAGUAACGGCCAAAUAAUAUACAAAAUUAUCACUAACUGCGAUUUUUAAAGUACCUUCCCAAUUACAAGCAAAAACUAAAGAAUGAAUUGAUCGAAUGUGUCAAGUACAGUUGAGUACAUAGAUUAUACACAUCAUUUACAGAGCUAGCAUAAACCUACAGCAUACAACGUUAGCAGACUUCAAAAGCAAGCAUAAUGCUGUAUGCAAAAUUCAAAGAAUGGCACAGAGCAAAGAAUCAACAAAGCAUGAAACUAGUGUAAAGCUGGAAUAUACAGGUGUCGGCUGUAAACUGGGACUGACAUGAUGGGCUCAAACAUCACUUGCAGUUUCCCUUUUAUAUUCUUCAAAUGUGAUGAUAUCAUUCCAGAUCAUGCAAAACUGCAUCAUAUCUGAUUGUCCUCUGGGAUAUCCUAAACACAUAAUAGAGAGAGAGUGAGAGACACACCCAGAAAACUAAAAUAUGUCCAGGGAUGUAACAUGUACUACUUGGGCCAAAUAUCCAAGGCUGUACCUAAAGCUGGUCAGGUCAUUUAAUAACUGCAAUAACAGACUAAUGUUAUGUAUAUGUUAAGCUCAUCUUUGCACUACAUUACGCUUUUACCUAAAGAUUCCAAAUAAUGCUGUGCUUUAUUUACCUUCAUAAUAAUAAAUUCUUACUGUACGUUAUUUAAAAGUUGUGUAAUCCUUCAUCAGGCCAAAAUGUUAAGGCUUUAUUUGUCUGUAUGUGUGUUGAAUACCUUGGGGGAGAUGUACCUGAAAGUGUACUGUCAACUCUACAUGUCUUAAAUCUGUCAUCGCUGAGCUGAAGGGACCUAACGGCACCUCUGGAAUGCAGUCAGAUACCCGUAGGCCCUACUAAAUCCUUUAUCCCAGUAAUUUUAUGGGUGAAAUGAAGUGAAAGUUUGUACCAACUUGCCCCAUCUACAGACUAAGGGUCAUUUUCAGAUUCAAGUUCAGAUUCAGAUGGUAAAAGUUACACAUAUUCAGAGUAAGGUUAUGCAAGUUGAUUUUCUGCACAGCUCAUUCAGAUUAUGCAAAUGACCUACCUGCAUGUAGUUCACACCACUAAGGUUGCCAGAUUUUUCUUUAGUAUAUGUCUCAGAGGUGGGGUCAGAACUGAAAAAUAGAAAAUGAGGACUAAAUUAUACAAUCAUAUAUCAAUUAUGUAAUGUUAAACAUUGAAGUAAACAUCAAACAGGUGUAGAGUAUUUAGCCAAUAUAUUGCUUCAUGGAUAGACCUAGUUGUAAUUAUUACAUUUAAUGACUGCAAAUGGUUUAAUUGAACAGUAUGACUUUCACCCCUGUUGUUCAACAUUGUAAAAUAGCACUUGAUCCGGCAGGUUCUAUUGUUUUACAUUUUAUUUUUUAAAUCGUAUGCCAGCAGAUACCUGUUUGCACAACUUUUACUUGUAUUUCCUCAUUUGUAAGUCGCUUAUUUGGAUAUAAGAAUCUGCUAAAUAAAUAAAUGUAAAUGUAAACUUGAACCUUUACAUACUAAGUUACAGUCAUGAAAUCGUAAUGCGUACACGGAAUAUAGACUACUUUAUCAUGCUUUAAAUUUACAAUUUUUUUUAUUUGUCAUGGUAAUAAAAUAAUGCCAAUGUUUUGGACAGGUGCACUCUCUGGUAAAGAAAGUGUGUCCACAUUUUAAAGGAUAAGCUGACCAAGCAUUCAUGUGCUAUGUCCAAAAGCAAUAUUCAUGAUUGUUUAUAGGUAUGCUCAUACUUCCAUCAGUCUUUGCCAGUUUUCUGUGCUUAUUUUUAAACAAGUAACUGUUGUAGAUUUUCCACUCUGACCUUUAGAACAGUACACAUUCAGGUUUAUAUGUGAGUAAUGCUCAGAAACAGAGGUGUAAUCAUCAUGGAGAUGGAAGUGCUGUUGUUUCCAUUAAAGCAAGGGAAUUUUUCUCUCUGUCUUUGUCUUUGAGUAUUAUGGUGCUUGAAGAAAGCAUGGAGUCUCUUAAUGUCCAUAAACUCCUAUUGUUGAACAUGGGUUAAUGAUAUCAUUGAGCAUACUGGCACAUUGUUACCAAUAAUAGUGUAUUGUUAGCAGAGCUGAUGCUAAAUACUGUGAUGCAGUGUGAAUAAAGAAAGCUGAAAUGUUAAUUAGUUAUCCUUUUUUUUUGUCAAUGGUAAAGGUUGUUGAUGGAAUGCCUUUAGUGUUAACAUCAACAAAAGUAACAUUACUCAGGCACAUGUGAGCCACUUCCAUGUUGGGUCAUCUUCGGCCAUAAAUUUUUCUAAAGACUCUUUGUUAUUAUUUACAGAUGAUGGAGUCUUUCUGGUGCUUUGCUCUUUAAAAGUCUUUUUGUAUCUUUUCUCUCUGAAAUGAUCCCUUUGGCAGUCUUUGACUUUUUAUUUGUUUUGUGUUUGUAUUAUGGAGGAAAGCACAAAGUUAGAAGUUCUUAAUCACAAGGACACAUGACUCUCUAGACGUAGUGACUUGGGGUUUGUGUGAAGGCUUCACAAUUAUGUCCAAAUUGAAUGUUUGCAUAUAAUGGUGCCUUUAUUUUUUGAAGGAAACAUAACCUUUAAUGUCUUACAUAUUCCAUAAUCCAGUGUGCCAGCCUGUAUUAAAAGGCAGGGGAAAAGGGAAAGCUUGUGGACAAAUACACAGAGUUCUGUUACAGAGAUUUUAAUAAUAGUAUACGAGGCCGUUUUCAAAACUUGUACUGUGGGUCAUGUUUGGUGGAGGCAUGUCUUCCUUUCUUUACUUGGUUAUGCCACUUGUGGACUUGUAGUUUAUGAGGUUCCCUUUCAAGUGUUGUGGGGCUUAGAAUAGACCAGGCGCCAGUAGUGCAUGGACUCUAAUAUUUAAAGGGUGUUAUGAAGGUGAUACGUGGCACUUUGCCAGGAGGUACUGCUAUUGGUACUUAAUUAAUAAGGAUUGCAUUCCUCUGUGCCAUCUUCUGUACAAAGAACAUAAAGGCACACACCGACCAUAAAUGUACAUUCUCAUUGUCUUGUUGUGAAAUUUCAAACGUCUGCCCUUGAGAUCUCUGUAUAGUAUGUACAGAUGUGCAUUCUUAGGGUUGGACAAGUUCAUACUGUAUAAGGCUCUACUUGUUACCUUCAGUCCUUCUUCCAGUUUGCCUCCUGUUUAAAUGACUUAUUUCCGUGAAAAGUACAAAGAGUUUGCAUUUGCAUUGAUUCAGGCAGCACCCUAGAGAGCAAUGGUUACCAAAGGAAAUUGACAUGGUGCAUGCUUUUCCUUUUAUCCAUUGUUGAAUUGAAAUUUAAUUGCCAAAACAGUAAACAUAAGAGGGGGAAAAAGGAAAUAAAAACAAUGACAAGAAGAUGACUAUACUGAUGCAUUUUUUUUUUUUAAAGUGUGGAAUUUAACCCAGUUUUUCCACUGGUGCAUUAGUAGAAGUGAUAUCAACUGCAUUGUUGUUGUCUUUCUCCUGUCUAGAAAACAGUGAUGAUGGGAAUAGCUAUGCCAUUUUCAGACAUGCAGGUGGCUUUUGUUGUGCUCUUUCAAAAUUGAGUUUUUGUGGCUGAAAUAGAAAAGCAUCCUGAUAACAUUGAUUCAUCUUCAGUAACCACUUUAUUUUGAUAGCACACUCUUAAUGUGACUGUACCAUGGGAUACUUGAUGUCUAAAGGCUUUAUGAGGGAGAAAUUGUCUGCAGGCAAAAUUGUUGGUACCAGUAUGGGAAAUAUCUACUUGCACCCACAUCAAUUACUCCAAAUAUUGUACCUAACAUAAUUCAAGAUUGCAGGGUUAGCAAGCUAAAUUUGGGUAAAACUCAAGUGGCUUACCCAUACCACAAAAGUGGCUAUCUAUUCAGCUGGGUAGGUCACCGUGGCAACUGACUCUACAUGGCUAACCAUGUUCUGUGGCAGGUUAAGCUGAACCUAACAACACUGAGCAUGUAUAAAUCCUGAAUCCUAACCAAUCAGGGAGCUAGGAAUUAUGAUUGUGUGACUUUUCCCACGAAACUCGCUGCUCAUACUGUGAAAGGACCUCUACAGCAUGUUAGACUUUUCAGGAAGAAACAGAAUCUAUUAUGGAUUUUUUUUAAAACUAGAAACCCUAUGUUAUAAGGUUAUACAGUGAAUCUUUAAAAGUUACCCAUAGAGACAAUCCAAAAGAUCCGUUUAGGAUUUUGAAUGAAACUUUACCAUUCAUGUCCAUGGGUAUGGAAGUACCAUUUUUUCUACACCAAGAUGCCUACUUCAUUUUUGUUCCCAAUGAGCUCAUAAAAUUGACCAUCAACACUAUUGGGACAUUCCUAUCAACAAGCUCCCAACAGUAUUUGCUGUAGGGCAUGUGACUUGGGUAUGUCCUUCCAUGAAGUGGGAACAGACUUCAUUGAAAGUGUGGUGACCAUUUUCCUCAUUUCCUUUUUAUAAACUAUAUUUCUUUACAUUUCACUUGCAUCAAGUGAAUCAGGAGUUAUAAUUAUAGGACUAUGUGCUAUAGAACUGGGAAUGAACUCCUCCUGUACAAAAGUUACCAGCAACUCAAACUAGACUAAUCCACCCAAGCCAGCCUGUUCCUUCCAAAGAAACACUUAAAAUAGAAAAGCUGUCCUGCCUCCUCUGCUAUGUACUGUAGUAUGAGAAGGAAAAUGGGGGAAUGAUGCAUUGUGGCCAAAUAUUGGCUUCCCUCGUUAGCUUUCUGGACAUCUGGUUUAUACAGGCAUACAUAUGCUGCAAAUAUUUAUAAAGAGAGCUGCUGUUGCUCUUGCAGCUGCUGUGGUCUCUCUUAAUUUAACAUUCACUCAGUCAUUCACUCACAGACCCACAUCCAGAGAGAUCAUGCUUCAGUAAUGAGCACAACCUGCUUCACUAAUGAGAGGAAGUGAAAGAGAAAGUCCUUCCUUGGCAACUUGUUCAGAGUUUGAUGUAGAGAGAGUCAGAUAUACUAUGGAUAGAGUCAGAUAUACUAUGUGCUUGAAACUGUGCUUGAAAAGUUCUUAACGUGCCAAAAAAUGCAUCAGCUGUCUAUUUAAAACUAAAACGCUGGCCGGUUGUACUGUGUAUAUAAUUUAACGGCUUCCAUUCAGUUUCCUAGCUUCUUUUUUCUCAACCUUUGAGAAAAGUAGGCAGUUAUGUGCACCAAGAACCCAGUGGCCACAGCGGUAAUGCUAAUUUUACAGCUAUGGGAAAACCGUUAGACAGAAAAUGGCACGUCAACAGAAUGUUUACAGAAUCUGGCAGUGACAAAUUCUCCCAUGUGUGGCUUUAUAAUCUAUAUGUUCUUAUGUUGCCACCUGCUGGUGGUAAAUUUUACUAAAAUCUGAAGAAAUCUGUGUGCAGACUAUAGAACGGAAAGAAAGACACUGAGGUGAUGCAUUUGAGAGUCUGGAGCUUGAUUCAUCAUGUGGCCAUAGUGAGUCAGUGAUGUGGGUAGACUGCUUGAAACGCCCCAUCAUAUGCUGCACCAGAAGUUUCCAUUCCCAGGCCGAUAAAUGACGAAGUAGGAGCGGGAGAUCUGAGUCCAAUUAGCUUCCAGUUAGUUUUUCCCUUCCUUGUUUCUCCUCUCUCUCCCUCUCUCUCACUUGAACGGGCAGAAAUUGACUCACUCCAGUAUUCCUGAAGAUCACAUUUAGACGUUACCACCCUUGAUUUUGCCAAUAAUGACUAUUCCCAACUAUAGCAGUCCUGCCUGCAGGAAAUAAAGGCUCUACAGUCAGAAAGACGAAAGACACGACAAGCUCUCAGUGCUUUUCUCAGUGUGUUUGAGUUUUUUGUGGUUUGAACAUUAGGCUAGAUGUGAUGGAGUUUGAUGAUGGUAGAUUCUUCAUGGAGGAUUUGAUCCAACAGGGCCAAGAUGAGCGUGACCGCGUGCAGAAAAAAACUUUCACAAAAUGGGUGAACAAGCAUCUUAUGAAGCACUGGAAAGCAGAGGCUCAGAGGCACAUCACAGACCUGUACGAGGAUCUGCGAGAUGGCCACAGCCUCAUUUCCCUGCUGGAGGUGCUCUCUGGAGAAACACUGCCCAGAGAGAAGGGUCGCAUGCGCUUCCACAAGCUACAGAACGUCCAGAUCGCCUUGGAUUUCCUCAAACAUAGACAGGUCAAACUGGUGAACAUCAGGAAUGAUGAUAUAGCAGAUGGAAACCCGAAGCUGACCCUUGGGCUAAUAUGGACCAUCAUCCUUCACUUCCAGAUCUCAGACAUACAGGUGAACGGUCAGUCCGAUGACAUGACUGCCAAGGAGAAGCUGCUGCUUUGGUCUCAGCGCAUGGUGGAGGGCUACCACGGCCUGCGCUGUGACAACUUCACCACCAGUUGGAGAGAUGGCAGGCUCUUUAAUGCUAUCAUCAACAAGCACAGGCCUAAUCUGAUUGACAUGAGUAAGGUGUACAGACAGACGAAUCUGGAGAACCUGGAGCAGGCAUUCAGCAUGGCGGAGAGAGAGCUGGGCGUCACCCGUCUGCUCGAUCCAGAAGAUGUGGAUGUGCCACACCCUGAUGAGAAGUCUAUCAUUACAUACGUCUCCUCCCUGUAUGAUGUCAUGCCAAGAGUUCCUGAUGUACAAGACGGUGUUCAGGCCAAUGAGCUGGAACUACGCUGGCAGGAGUACUACGAGCUGGUCACCAUGCUGCUGCAGUGGAUCAGACACCAUAUCGUUGUGUUUGAGGAGAGCAAGUUCCCCACCAGUUAUGAAGAAAUUGAGGUCCUUUGGCGCCAGUUUCUAAAAUAUAAGGAAACAGAGCUGCCAGCAAAGGAGGCUGACAAAAAUCGCUCUAAACAUAUUUACAAGGCUUUUGAGGGUGCAGUGCAGUCUGGUCAGGUUAAGGUUCCACCCGGUUACCACCCCAUCGAUGUGGAGAAAGAGUGGGGUCGACUCCAUGCUGCCAUACUUGAGCGCGAGCGACUGCUCAGAAACGAGUUUGAACGUUUGGAGCGGCUCCAGAGGGUCGUCAGUAAGGUGCAGAUGGAGUCAGGUGUGUGUGAAGAGCAGUUGAACCAGGCAGAGACACUGUUGCAGACGGAUGUGCGCUUGCUGGGAGCUGGAAAGCCUGUUCAGCACGCGGCAGAGAUCGAGACAGACCUGGAUAAGGCUGAGAACAUGAUCCGCUUACUCUUCAAUGAUGUGCAGUUGCUGAAGGAUGGACGCCAUCUGCAGGCAGAACAGAUGUACAGGCGGGUGUACCGUCUCCAUGAGCGUCUGGUAAACCUGCGCAGUGAGUACAACCUGCGUGUGAAGUCCGGUGUGACAGUGACUCAGGUGCCCCUCACGCAGGUGUCCAUGUCUCCAAGCCUGCAGCAGUCCCCUCAGCGUUCACGUCCUGAGCUGGAUGAAGUCACACUCCGCUACAUCCAGGACCUGCUGUCCUGGGUGGAGGAGAACCAGAGACGCAUGGACAAUUCAGAGUGGGGAGCAGACCUGCCCUCCGUCGAGUCCCAUCUGGGCAGCCAUCGUGGACUACAUCAGUCUAUCGAGGACUUCAAAUCUAAGAUUGACCGUGCUCGGUCAGAUGAAAAUCAGUUAACCCCUGCCAGUAAACAAGCAUACAGAGAUUACCUGGCCAAGCUGGACUUGCAGUACAACAGACUGCUGAAUGCCUCAAAGGCCCGGUUGCGCAAUCUGUCUGGACUACAUGCUUUUGUUGUAGCUGCCACUAAAGAGCUAAUGUGGCUAAAUGAGAAAGAGGAGGAAGAGGUGAACUAUGACUGGAGUGACCGCAAUACCAACAUGACCGCCAAGAAGGAUAACUACUCGGGUCUGAUGCGGGAUCUGGAGCAGAGGGAGAAAAGAGUGAACACCGUUCAAGCAACUGGAGACAAACUGUUGAAGGAUGGCCAUCCAGCUCGGAGCACUAUAGAGGCCUUCACUGCAGCACUGCAGACUCAGUGGAGUUGGUUACUGCAGCUGUGCUGUUGCAUUGAGACUCACCUCAAAGAGAACACCGCCUACUUCCAGUUCUUUGCAGAUGUGAAAGAGGCAGAGGAGAAGAUGAAGAAGAUUCAGGAGACAAUGAAGAAGAAAUAUAUUUGUGACCGCUCCAUUACUGUCACACGUCUGGAGGACCUUCUGCAGGACUCUGCGGAUGAAAAGGAACAUCUUGCCGAGUUUAAGACUCAUCUGGAUGGCCUAAACAGGAGAGCCAAGAAUAUCAUCCAGCUAAAACCCAGAAAUCCUGCCACUCCAAUCAAAGGCAAACUGCCCAUUCAGGCAGUGUGCGAUUUCAAACAAAUGGAGAUUACAGUACACAGGGGAGAUGAGUGUGUGCUGUUGAACAACUCCCAGCCCUUUAAGUGGAAGGUGAGGAGCUCGAGUGGAAAUGAAGCUACAGUGCCGUCCAUUUGCUUCAUCAUCCCACCUACCAACAAAGAAGCUGUGGAAAGCAGCUCUGGUCUGGAUGCAAGUCUGCAGAAGCUGAUGAUCCUCUGGCAGAAGUUGCAUGUGGACAUGAAGAGUCUUCUGUCCUGGCAGUAUCUCAUGAGAGACAUUCAGUUCAUCAAUUCCUGGAACUUCAUCAUGUUCAAGACUCUGAAGGUGGAGGAGUACCGUCUGACUCUGAAGAACUUGGAGCAGCACUAUCAAAUCUUCAUGCGCGACAGCCAGGACUCUGAGUACUUUGGUGCAGACGAGCGCAUGCAGGCUGAAAGUGCUUAUAACAAUGCCACACAGCACUAUGACAACCUACUGCGAUCCAUGGAGCAAGAAACUCUCUCUACUUCCAAAGACAAAGUUACUGGAGAGCAGGACGAGUCUGAGUGUAAGAGCUACAUCACUCAAAUAAAGGACCUAAGGCUGAGACUUGAGGGAUACGAGUCACGCAUGGUCACUCGCCUCAGGCAGCUGGUGGACAAAGAGCCCCUGAAAGCCUGUGCCCAGAGGACCACUGAGCACAAGAAAAUGCAGACUGAGUUGGACGGCAUAAAGAAAGACCUAGAUGCAGUGGUUAAACAGAGUGAAGCAGCACUGGCUUCCUCUCAGAAGUCCACCUCGGCACCUGUCCUACGCUCAGAGCUAGACAUCACCAUGAAGAAGAUGGAGCAUGUUUACAGUCUCUCCUCUGUCUACCUGGACAAGCUAAAGACUAUUGACUUGGUAAUACGCAGCACACAAGGGGCUGAAGAUGUUCUCAGGAAGUAUGAGAACCAGCUUCGUGAUGUCCACAAAGUGCCUGAGAAUGAGGAAGAGCUGGAAUCCAACCAAACACAGCUAAAGAAACUGUGCUCAGACGCGGAGUCUGAUAAGCCAGUGUUUGACCGUCUCGAGGCUGAGCUCCAAGACGCCGUGGCAGUAAACGAGCGAAUGUCUCGUGUACAUAGUGAGAGGGACGCUGAGCUGGAUCACUAUGUGCAGUUGGUAGCAAACCUGAAAGAGCGCUGGCAGGCUGUUUUUGUCCAGUUCAAGCUGCGCCAACGGGAACUGGACCUACUGGGUAGGCAGAUGCAGAACUAUAGACAUAGCUAUGACUGGCUCAUUCAGUGGAUUGCAGAUGCCAAGCAAAGGCAAGAAAAGAUCCAGGCCAUGCCUAUCAGCGAUAUCAAAGCUCUUAAAGAACAACUGGCACAGGAGAAGAAACUCCUCGAGGAGAUUGAAAACAACAAAGAAAAAGUGGAUGAAUGUCAGAAAUAUGCUAAGGCCUACAUUGAUACAGUAAAGGAUCAUGAACUUCAGCUGGUAACAUAUAAAGCAUUGGUGGAGCCUAUUGCCUCACCUUUGAAAAAAAUCAAGGUGGAGUCUGCAUCAGACAGCAUUAUCCAAGAGUAUGUCACUCUCAGAACACGCUACAGCGAGCUUUUGACUCUGGCGAGUCAAUAUAUUAAGUUUAUCAUAGAUACCCAACGACGCCUAGAAGAUGAAGAGAAAGCUACAGAAAAGCAUAAAGAAGAAGAGAGGAAAAAGAUGGCCGAAAUGCAGGCCGAGCUAGAAAAACAGAGACAGUUAGCAGAAACUCACGCAAAGGCUAUUGCCAAAGCAGAGCAAGAGGCUGAAGACUUGAAGCUAAAGAUGAAAGAGGAGGUCAGCAAAAGACAAGUCUUUGCACUUGAUGCUGAAAAACAGAAGCAAAACAUCCAACAGGAACUGCACGAACUCAGAAACCUCUCAAACCAGGAGAUUAAGACUAAAAGUCAACAAGUAGAAGAGGUCCUGCAAAGCCGAACCAAGAUUGAGGAGGAGAUCCGCAUAAUCCGACUUCAGCUGGAGACAACUGUGAAACAGAAAUCAACGGCUGAAGCUGAACUUCAGCAGCUCAGGGAUAAAGCAUCAGAGGCUGACAGACUUAGGAAGGCUGCCCAGGAAGAAGCAGAAAAGCUAAGGAAACAAGUGAAUGAAGAGACGCAGAAAAAGCGGAAGGCAGAGGAAGAGCUAAAACAAAGAUCAGAUGCGGAGAAGGAAGCUGCAAAGCAGAAACAAAAGGCCAUGGAGGAUCUUGAAAGGUUCAAGCAGCAAGCAGAGGAGGCAGAGAGGCACUUGAAGCAGGCUGAACUGGAAAAGGAGAGGCAGAUAAAAGUGGCAGAAGAGGUGGCACAGAAGAGCGCUGCCACAGAGCUGCACAGUAAGCGCCUUUCCUUUGCCGAAAAAACAACAAAAUUGGAGGAGUCACUGAAACAAGAGCAAGGCACUGUUAUCCAACUGCAAGAGGAGGCAGAGUGUUUAAAAAAGCAACAAGCUGAAGCUGAUAAAGCAAGAGAAGAAGCUGAGAAGGAACUGGAAAUAUGGAGACAGAAAGCCAACGAAGCUCUCCGUCUAAGGCUCCAGGCUGAGGAGGAGGCCCAUAGGAAGAGCGCUGCACAAGAGGAGGCUGAGAAACAGAAAGAGGAAGCAAAGCAAGAGGCAAAGAGGAGAGCCAAAGCUGAGGAGCUUGCUCUUAAACAGAAGGAGGUUGCAGAGAAGGAGCUUGAAAAACAGAGAAAAGAAGCUGAAGAAACUGCUCAACAAAAGCUGUCAGCAGAACAAGAACUUAUCCGCUUGAAAUUGGAUUUUGAUCAUGCUGAGCAGCAAAGGACUCUACUGGAUGAUGAACUGCAGCGACUGAAAAAUGAAGUGAACACAGCUGUAAAACAGAGAAAACUACUAGAGGAUGAGCUUUCCAAAGUAAGAAAGGAGAUGGAACUUCUCAUACAGCUUAAAGCCAAAGCCGAAAAAGAGUCCAUGUCAAACACUGAAAAGAGCAAGCAACUCCUUGAAUCUGAGGCAAGCAAAAUGAGGGAACUUGCUGAAGAGGCCACUAAACUGAGAUCAGUUGCUGAGGAAGCAAAGAAACAAAGGCAGCUCGCAGAAGAUGACGCAGCCCAACAGAGAGCAGAGGCCGCAAAGAUCCUCAAAGAAAAGCUGGCUGCCAUCGACGAAGCAACUCGUGCGAAAACCGAGGCUGAGAUUGCUUUAAAAGAGAAGGAGGCCGAAAACGAGCGUCUGAAAAGAAAAGCUGAGGAUGAAGCUUAUCAAAGGAAGGUCCUAGAAGACAAAGCAGAUCAGCAUAAGCAAGAUAUUGAAGAAAAGAUCAACCAGUUAAAGACAUCCUCUGAUGCUGAAUUAGGCAGACAGAAGGAAAUUGUUGAAGAAAUCUUAAAGCAAAAGAAAGUGGUUGAAGAGGAGAUUUAUAUUUUGAAACUCAACUUUGAAAAGACAUCGACCGGAAAGCAAGACCUUGAACUUGAGCUGAAGAAACUAAAAAGCAUCGCAGACGAGACUCAGAAAAGUAAAGUAAAAGCAGAAAAGGAGGCAGAGAAAUUUAGGAAUCUAGCACUAGAGGAGGAGAAAAAGAGGAAAGAGGCAGAAGAGAAAGUAAAAAAGAUUUCAGCUGCUGAAGAAGAGGCAGCAAGACAGUGCCUGGCUGCUCAACAAGAAGCUGAGCGUCUUAAAAAGAAAGCUGAAGAAGUCAAGCAGCAGAAGGAAAAUGCUGACAAGGAAGCUGAAAAACAGGUCAUUUUAGCUAAAGAGGCUGCACAAAUGUAUACUGCUGCUGAGCAGAAAGCUCAGAAUGUCCUUCUCCAACAGAAGGAGGACAGCCUUGCUCAAACGAGGUUAAAGGAAGAGUAUGAGAAGGCAAAGAAAUUAGCAGAGGAUGCAGCAAAGGCCAAAGAAAGCGCUGAAAAAGAGGCUGCUCUAUUUCGGCAAAAAGCGGAUGAGGCAGAGUGCCAAAAGCAAGCCGCUGAAGCAGAGGCAGCUAAACGGGCCAAAGCUCAGGAAGAUGCUGAAAAACUGAGAAAAGAAGCUGAAACAGAAGCUUCCAAACGUGCUAAGGCAGAGAAAAAUGCAUUAAAACAGAAACAGCAAGCUGAGGCAGAGAUGGCCAAGCAUAAACAGCUUGCUGAGACAACCCUGAAGCAGAAAUCUCAGGUUGAGCAAGAGUUAGAGAAAGUAAAACUGCAACUUGAUGAGACAGACAAACAGAAAUCUCUCUUGGAUGAUGAACUGAAAAGACUUAAGGAUGAGGUUAGUGAUGCUAUUAAGCAGAAAGCACAGGUGGAAGAUGAGCUAGCUAAAAUCAAAAUUCAGAUGGAGGAUUUAAUCAAAUUAAAGGUCAAAAUUGAGGCAGAAAAUCAGCAACUUAUGAAAAAAGAUAAGGAGAUCACAAAGAAGUUGCUUGAGGAAGAGGCUGAGAAUAUGAAAAAGCUGGCUGAAGAGGCUGCACGGCUCAGUGUUGAUGCACAAGAAGCGUCAAGACUAAGACAGAUUGCAGAGUCCGACCUUGCUCAACAGAGAGAAUUAGCUGACAAGAUGCUCAAGGAGAAGAUGUUAGCCAUUCAGGAAGCAACCAAGCUGAAGGCUGAGGCUGAGGAUCUCCAGAAAGAAAAAGACAAGGCUCAGGAAGAGGCACAAAAACUUCUAGAGGCCAAAAAGGAGAUGCAGCAGCGUUUAGAGCAAGAGACUGUGGGCUUCCAGAAAUCCUUAGAGGCAGAACGCAAGAAACAACAAGAAGUAACCGCUGAGGCUGAGACACUAAAAAUCAGGGUAAUAGAGCUAAGCAAUUCACAGUUGAAAGCAGAGGAAGAAGCUAACAAAUUCAAGAAACAGGCAGAAGACAUUAGAGCCCGUUUGACUGAGACUGAAAGACAAACUUCAGAAAAAUUCACGGCUGUUGAGAAAUUGGAAGUGGCGAGAUUGGCGAGCACCAAAGAGGCAGAUGAUCUGCGUAAAGCAAUUGCUGAGCUUGAAAGAGAAAAGGAGAAACUGAACAAAGAGGCAACUGAUUUACAAAACAAAGCAAAAGAGGUUGCCAAUGCACAGCAAGAGCAAAUACAACAAGAAAAGACAGCCCUUCAGCAGACAUUCCUUACAGAGAAAGAAAUCCUCUUGAAAAAGGAGAAAACCAUAGAGGCAGAGAAAUUGAAGCUGGAGAAACAACUUGAAGAUGAAGUGAAGAAAGCCAAAACUCUUAAAGAUGAACAGGAAAGUCAGAGAAAGCAGAUGGAAGAGGAGAAAAAGAAACUUCAGGCUAUCCUGGAAACUGCAGUCAAGAAGCAAAAAGAUGCAGAAGAAGAGAUGCUCAAUAAGCAAAAGGAGAUAGAGAAGCUAGAGAAGAUAAAACAAGAACAAGAAAAACUCAUGGGUGAGGAAAACAAGAAAUUACGAGAAAAGCUUCAGCAGUUACAGGAAGCACAGAAACCCACACCAUCCCAAACAAAAGAAAUUGAGAUCCAAACUGACAGCAUGCCUGAAAAUGAAUUAGUUACUGCAACAGUGCAAGUAACAACAAAGAAGGUCUUUAAUGGUUCUACAGAAGUUGAUGGAGUAAAAGCAAAUGUGUCACCACUAGCAUUUGAUGGAAUUCAGGAGAAAGUUCCUGCAAGCAGGCUUAAUGAAAUUGGUGUACUAAACAAAAAAGAAUUUGACAAACUUAAGAAAGGCAAAACAACUGUACAAGACCUUACCAAACUAGACAAAGUCAAGAUGUGCCUGAAAGGCAAGGAUUGCAUUGGCGGUGUAAUAGUCGACCCCAAGCAGAAAAUGGGAAUCUAUCAAGCUUUGAAGGAGAGGAAAAUUUCACCAAGCACAGCUGUAAUGCUUCUUGAAGCUCAGGCUGCAUCUGGAUAUAUUAUUGAUCCCAUUAAGAACAGAAGGCUCUCUGUAAACGAGGCAGUAAAGGAGUCCAUCAUUGGACCUGAACUGCACACUACAUUGCUUUCUGCUGAAAGGGCUGCAACUGGUUUCAAAGAUCCUUUCACUGGACAUAAGAUCUCAUUAUUUGAAGCUAUGAAAAAGGGUCUGGUCACAGAGGAGCAAGCCACUAAACUUCUGGAUGUUCAAAUUGCCACUGGUGGUAUAAUAGACCCAGUAAACAGUCAUCGUGUGUCAGUCCAAACUGCAUGUAAACAAGGUCAAUUGGAUGAAGAACUUAACAAAGUCUUGUCCAAUCCUCCUGAUGAUAGAAAAGGAUUUAGUGAUCCCAACACCCAAGAAAGUCUCAGUUAUCAUCAACUGCUAGAAAGAUGUAAAACAGAUCCAGAAACAGGGCUGCCAUUUCUACCUGUUACACAAACAGCAUUACCUACUGAAAGGACAUACACAGAUGAAGAGACUAAAGAUGCAUUUAGUAAAACAAAUAUUUCAGUGCCAUUCGGAAGAUUUAAGGGGAAGACAGUGACCAUCUGGGAAGUGAUAAAUUCUGAGUACUUUAGCGAUGAUCAAAGGAAAGAUCUUAUUCGUCAGUAUAAAUCAGGGAAAAUUACUGUAGAGAAAAUCAUAAGGAUUGUAAUCACGGUUGUAGAAGACAAAGAGAAAAAGAAGGAAUUAGCCUUUGAUGGUUUAAGAUCAACUGUCCCUGCAUCUGAGCUCCUGGAUUCAAAGAUCAUUAACAAAGAUUUAUAUAAUGAGUUGCAUAAUGGCAAAACUACUAUUGAAGAGGUGUCUCAGAAGGAUUCUGUCAAAAAAGCAUUAAAGGGAACUAGCAGCAUUGCUGGAGUGUUUAUUGAGUCAACUAAGGAGAAGUUACCAAUCUAUGAAGCCAUGAAGAAGAACAUGCUAGAAGUAGAACCUGCACUCCACCUCCUAGAAGCCCAAGCUGGAACAGGUUACAUAAUUGACCCAGUAAAAAACCGAAAGCUCACAGUUGAUGAAGCUGUGAAAUCUGGCAUUGUUGGCCCAGAGUUGCAUGAGAAAUUGCUGUCAGCAGAAAGGGCAGUGAGUGGGUACAAGGAUCCAUAUACGGGAAAGACUGCAUCUCUAUUUGAGGCAAUGCAAAAAGAGCUCAUCAACAAAGAUCAGGGUACAAGGCUACUGGAGGCCCAAAUUGUAACUGGAGGAAUCAUUGACCCAGUGAAAAGUUACCGGAUUCCUCAUGAUAUUGCUUAUAAGCGUGGGUAUUUCAGUGAGGAAAUGAACAAGUGCUUAAGUAGCCUAUCUGAAGAUAAUGAAGUGUUCAUUGACCCAAACACAAAAGAGAAUGUGUCUUAUGCACAGCUGCAGAAAAGUUGCAUUACUGACAAAGAGACAGGUCUACCAUUGCUUCCACUUUCAGAAAAAGCUGUUAAGUCCACAGAAUCAGAACAGCCCUUCAAUGUUCAGUCCAAGGAAGUCUUAAACAAAGCAACAAUGGAGUUACACAGUGGACCCUUUAAAGGAAGAAAAGUCACCAUUUGGGAGAUUAUUAACUCUGAAUAUAUAACAGAAGAACAAAGGAUUGAGAUAAUACGUCAAUAUAGAACAGGAAAAGUUACAAUUGAAAAGAUCAUUAGCAUUGUGAUCACAUUGGUUGAUGAAAAUGAGAUGAAAAAGCAGCAGGAUUCCUUCACUGGUCUCAGAGAACCUGUUAGUGCCAUGUCCUUGUUUGAAUCCAGAAUCAUUGACAAAACAACCUUUGAUCAGCUCCAACAAGGACAAAAGAAACCAAAAGAGAUUAAUGAAAUUGAAUCAGUCAAGAGGUACUUGCAAGGAUCAGACAGCAUUGCUGGAGUACUCAAUGAAAAAUCUAAAGAGAAGCUCAGCAUUUAUCAGGCAAUGAAACAGAAAUUACUAACAGUAAAUACAGGCGUUUCUCUGUUGGAAGCACAAGCAGCAAGUGGGUUUAUUGUUGAUCCAGUCAGGAAUCUGAGGUUCACAGUGGAUGAUGCUGUAAAAGCUGGUCUUGUUGGUCCUGAGCUUCACGAAAAGCUUCUAUCUGCAGAGAAGGCUGUAACUGGUUACAAAGAUCCAUACACUGGUCACAAGAUUUCCCUUUUCCAGGCCAUGCAAAAAGAGCUUGUUCUCAGAGAGCAUGCCAUCCCUCUUCUUGAAGUUCAAGAGGCCACUGGAGGAAUAAUUGAUCCAGUGAAUAGUCACCGUAUUCCCACUGACGUAGCCAUUCAGCGAGGUUACCUAAGCAAACAAAUGGCCAAGUCCUUCAAAGACCCUUCAGAUGAUAUCAAGGGUUAUACUGAUCCAAACAAUGAUGAGAGUGUUACUUACAAACAACUGAUAAAAAGGUGCACAAAAGAUCCUGACUUUGGGUUUUUCCUCUUACCACUUUCUAAGGCUGAAGUUCCAAAAGAAGUUGAGAAGUCAUAUGUUUACACUGAAGAACAAGCACAAACAGACUUGGCUAGCACUCAAAUAGCUAUACCUCACACAAGUUAUGCAGGAAAGCAAAUAACUUUGUGGGAUGUCAUGGCAUCAGACAUGAUUCCUGAAGACGACAAACAAAGACUUAUUGAACAGUACCGGUCGGGAAAAAUCACAAAAGAGAGAAUGAUUAUCAUUAUCAUUGAAAUCAUUGAGCAAAGAGAAGUCAUUAAAACUGAACAGACUAUGCUAUGUGAUAUAAUUCGACGCAGAGUUACAAUUGAAGAGUUAUAUAGCUCUCGUAUAAUUGACCUUGAAACUUACAAUCUGUUGAAACAAGGCAAGAAAACCAUUCGAGAGGUUAUGGAAAUGCCAACUGUGAAGAAGUACCUCUUUGGCACAGGAAGCAUUGCUGGGGUCCUUUCCAACAAUUCUACAAAACUUAGUAUUUACCAGGCCAUGAAAAGAGGCAUAAUCAAGCCUGAUAUUGCCAUUGAUUUGUUGGAGGCACAAGCAGCUACUGGAUUUAUCACUGACCCAGUAAAAUACGAGCUGCUAACAGUUGAUGAGGCUGUCCGCAAGGGUCUUGUUGGCCCAGAACUCCAUGACAAACUUUUAUCUGCAGAGAGGGCAGUCACGGGGUACAAAGACCCAUACAGCGGGAAAAUCAUUUCUCUAUACCAGGCUAUGAAAAAGGGUCUGGUUCCUGAAGAGUAUGCAUUAAAGAUGCUAGAAGCUCAGCUUGCAACUGGUGGCCUAAUGGAUCAUGAGUACAAUUUCCACCUUCCAAAUGAUGUUGCAAUGCAACGAGGAUAUAUCAACAAAGAAACAAGUGAGCGGCUAUCAAGAGGAGAUGUCAAAGGGUUUACUGAUCCAACCACGGAUGAAAAAUCAUCUUAUGCAAACCUCCUCAAGAUUUGCAAAGUUGACAAAGACAGUGGCAUGCAUUUUCUGUCUCUUGCAGACAAGAAACUGCUUGUAAGGGGUCUUCGUAAGCAAAUCACCUUGGACGAAUUACUGUGCUCUCAAAUUAUCGAUCAGAAGACCUACACAGAGCUUACAGAGGGCCUCAUUUCAGUGGACGAUAUCAGCAAAGACUUGAAGAAAUACCUUGAAGGUACAAGUUGUAUUGCAGGUGUGUAUGUAGAGGCUACUAAAGAGCGACUGUCUAUCUACCAAGCCAUGAAGAAGAACAUGAUCAGGCCAGGCACUGCCUUUGAACUGCUGGAGGCUCAAGCAGCGACCGGAUAUGUAAUCGAUCCAAUCAAAAAUCUAAAACUGACAGUCAGUGAGGCUGUAAAAAUGGGAGUGGUUGGCCCAGAGUUUAAAGACAAGCUUCUCUCUGCUGAACGAGCUGUGAUUGGAUAUAAUGAUCCAUACUCUGGUAAGAUAAUUUCCCUUUUCCAGGCCAUGAAGAAAAGCCUGAUCCUUAAAGAUCAUGGUAUUCGUCUUUUGGAGGCUCAAAUUGCAACAGGUGGAAUCAUUGAUCCCGAGGAAAGUCACCGCCUUCCAGUGGAAAUGGCAUAUAAGCGUGGCCUUUUUGAUGAGGAGAUGAACAGUAUUCUUACUGACCCUUCUGAUGAUACUAAAGGUUUCUUUGAUCCAAACACAGAGGAGAAUCUGACUUACCUUCAACUGAUGGAACGAUGCAUGACUGACCCUGAAACCGGACUUGCGCUCUUAAUGUUGAAGGAGAAGAAACGGGAAAGAAAGACAUCUUCUAAGUCAUCAGUACGCAAACGCAGAGUGGUGAUUGUAGACCCAGAAACAGGCAAAGAAAUGUCUGUUUAUGAGGCAUACCGCAAAGGUCUCAUUGAUCAUCAGACAUAUAUGGAGCUUGCAGAACAAGAAUGUGAAUGGGAAGAAAUUACCACUUCGUCAGCAGAUGGUGUGAAGUCUAUGAUAAUUGACAGACGGUCUGGACGUCAAUAUGACAUUGAUGAUGCCAUCACCAAAGGACUGAUAGACAAGUCUGCUUUGGAUCAGUAUCGUGCAGGCACCCUAUCCAUCACUGAAUUUGCAGACAUGUUGUCUGGAAAUAUGAGUGGCUUUAGAUCACGUUCAUCUUCCUUUGGGUCCACCUCAUCAUAUCCCAUGAGCCCAGUUCCAUCUAUCAAGACCCCAGCAACAACAUGGACUGACCCAACAGAGGAAACGGGUCCAGUUGCUGGGAUCCUAGACACAGAUACUCUAGAGAAGGUAUCAGUCACAGAGGCCAUGCAUAGAAAUCUAGUUGAUAACAUUACUGGUCAAAGACUGCUUGAAGCACAAGCCUGCACAGGUGGUAUCAUUGACCCAAAUACUGGAGAGAAGUUUACUGUUGCAGAUGCAAUGAACAAAGGGCUAGUAGACAAGAUAAUGGUAGAUCGUAUCAACUUAGCUCAAAAGGCCUUCCAAGGAUUUGAAGAUCCAAGAACCAAAACUAAAAUGUCAGCUGCUCAGGCCUUAAAGAAGGGUUGGCUGUAUUAUGAAGCUGGCCAGCGUUUUCUUGAAGUCCAGUAUCUGACAGGAGGACUAAUUGAACCUGAUGUUGCAGGCAGAGUGUCACUGGAUGAGGCCGUAAAGAAGGGUACCCUUGAUGCACGUACUGCUCAGAAACUGCGAGAUGUCAGUGGGUACUCCAAAUACCUCACUUGUCCCAAAACAAAGCUGAAAAUAUCUUAUAAAGAUGCCAUGGAAAGGAGCAUGAUUGAGGAGGGCUCUGGUUUACGAUUACUGGAGGCAUCAUCCCAGUCUACUAAGGGUUUAUAUAGCCCUUAUAAUAUCAGUGGCUCUGGAUCAGCCUCAGGAUCCAGGUCUGGCUCCAGAACUGGUUCAAGGUCUGGCUCUAGACGAGGGAGCUUCGAUGCUACAGGAUCUGGUUUUUCCAUGAAUUUCUCUACAUCUUCCUAUGGCUCGCCAAGCUAUGGACGGCGAUAUAGUUCAGAGGUGCACAGUGCACUGAAUAUGGACAAACUAAAGCAGGCAUUAACAGCAUUAACACUCAACAGAAUCUGUUGCUCUGAGGACAACAGAAUGCUGCCACUAUCGCAAACAGAGUGCUCUUUAAUUGCUUAAUUCAUUUAAAAACAUUCAUUCUGCUCUGCAUGUGGUUACUAUGGGGCUGGGGAACUAUUGCUAUAUCCUGCUGGCUUUCUUUUCAUAUUAGAUUUUUGGUUUAUUUGUAAUAUGCAAUAUUUUUGAUAAUUAUUUCAUAAUAUCAAUGUUGAUAUUUUGUUUACUUUUUUGCUUGGAAGAACUAGAAAACACAAUGGAAUCUUGUUUUUGAUAUUUCAUUCAUCAGUGUUAGUUUCUCUGCGCUUGUAUAUUUUUCAUUUUUUACUGAAUUUACAGAAUUGCAUAUUGUCAAAAUUAAAUUUAAUGUUUCUUUUGUAUGUUAAUUUUUUUUAAUAUGUGUCACAGAACAUAAUUUAACAUGCAUUUUGUUAACCUGGAAUCCUGUUAAACAGAAGAACUGGUAACCAUCUGCAGAGCAGAAUAAGAUUAAUUUCAUUAAAAGAGCACAUGAGAAAAAAACAAUGCUUCAGAACAGAAUUCAUGUUUCAAGAGGUUCCUUUCACUCAAGUUUAUAUAUGGAAUGGAACAUUAAUUAUGUCCUUGGAUCUCUGCAGUCUUUCAAAUAUAAUGGCUUUCCUGUCACUGAUCCCUCAACAAGUUCUAAGAACAGCAAUUGUAGAAAACGGCACUGAACCACGAAAGAUCAGAAGAUUCCUAUCCAUACCAAGUCUUCAUCUGUUACUUUCACGUCUCCCAAUUCAAAGAGGACUUCAGUUAUGCAUUGACCUCACUAGAUGUCAGCAUAUAUUAUAAUAUUUCUCUUACUGAAACGGAGAUGUGUCUAUUCUACAUCGAAACCCUGCCACCACUUUCAAACUGCAGGGAUAAAGUGUCUUCCACUGCCCGCUGACGCGAUUCUUUGGAUCAGAUUGCUCCACUCAAAGGAACCACAAAAGGAUGCCGCUUGACUGACCAACAUACGUGUUCUGCUAUCUUUAUUUGUUGCAGUAAUAAUAAUAAUAAUGAUUAUUGUUAUUAAUAUUAUUAUUAUUAUUAUUAUUAUUAUUAUUAUUAUUAUUAUCCCUCUUUGUAUUAUGUUUUUUUUUAAUAGCCCUAAAUCUAUAGACCCAUAUAUGGGUUUAAUCUAUGUUUUAACACUAAAUUUGUUCAGAGUGCUUGAACUUGGUUAAUUAUCUUUGUAUUUCCAUUUGCUAAGCUGUAAAAUAUUCAGUGGAAAAAAAUAGGCUGGGUGCUCAUAAAAAACAAAAUAGUUUGAUUCAGUUGUUAUACAGAAUGUAUUUAUUUAUUGUCAAAAGGAAGCUUGACCUCUACAACCCUGCAAAUUCUGUAUCGUUAUAUAUGGCACAAACUAGAAAAUAUUAAAAUCCAAAGUUAUACAUAAGUCAUCACCGUAUACUCUCACCAUGGUAACUUUCCUAACAUUCACAAAACACAUUUUUUUUUAUAUGUAUAUUUUUGCUGUUUUGCUUUUCCUGUCCAAUGAUUACACCUGCCAUUAUGAAUGUUAUCUUUGCUCCAUACAAGAACAGAUCACUGUAAUCACACCACAUUAAUAUCAGCUGAAUUUUCAUACAUUAUAGUUUUGCUUUGCAUGAUUUUAUUUUGCUAACAUUGAUAAAAGAAUUCAGUAUGAAAAAAACUGAAUUCAACAAAGCCGAUUGUGAGGAAAGAUUUUGAAGUAAUGUAAGGAUUUAGUUGAACUAAGCAUGCCAUGUUUUGAGGCAUGUUUAAGAAGAUUGUAUUUAUAGGAUGGGAUUGUAUUCUAAUGUAAAUAAACUAUACAAAUAUCAACUGUA